AUGAGCAAUCCGCCAUCAACUUUUCUUCGAAACUAUGGUCAACCUGACCAGGAAGCUCCUCCAAUUGUAGACUAUACGCCUCCAGAUGAAGUCUACGCCGAAAUCAUAAAAGUUCAGAAUCGCCUCAAAAAUUUGGAAAAAAUCAUAGAUCAAAACCAAGAAAAAUCCAAAAAACUUGGUACAGAGUGCGUAAACAUCAUGGGUGCCGCCGAAAUAAUAACGUUUGACCUCUUUUUACUCGAUUAUAUUUUCAAUUAUGGCAUCAAUGCUAAUCCUUUUGUCACAUUUGUCGAACAGUGCGAUUCCGCUGCCACUAAAACCGAAGUUGAACAACUCGGUGGCCAUAUAAAAUACGUCUACAGAUCAAUGGAAACAGCUGUUAGCAAUAUAAUGAAAAACGAGAUAGAAAGAAUUGAGCCAAGGUCUGUCAGACCUCUUUCUCAAUACGUUAAACUGAAAGAAUUCAUGAUUGGCGAUGAAAUUCAAGGAAAACCAGUUACGACGAGAUUACCAACAAAUGUACCUCAAACACCAACACCUGCAAUCAACAUUCCUCCUGAAUUCGAUGAAAGAAUCAGAAAAGAACUCGAAGCUGCAGAAUUAUCUCAAGAAAUUUUACACUUACGAGGUGUUGUUGGCGCUCUUUCCCAUAAAUUGGCGGACAUUGAUAACAUCCGUGCACAAAUAAAGGCUCUAAAACCAAAGGUUUCUGAUACAAAAACGUUUUCAAUUCAAGAUUGCCCUCCAGAGUCAAUUCUCAACUCUCCUUUCUACAAAGUUGUUGAGCAGAAGUACCAUUUCCUCAACAUGAUUGCAGAAAGCCUUAGAAAACAGACUGCUUUGAUUAAAAGUGUCAAUGAAGAGCUCGAGAACAGCCAAAACAUCUUCCAAAAGAUCAAAGUCACCAGUAUUAAGAUGUACGAUAACUUCAGCUAUUCAAAAGAAAAAUUUGUGAAAAGAAUCGACAAAUUACAGAACGAAAUACUCAAUCUCGAGCAGAAAUACACUCCUUACAUUGAAGCAAUCUUCCCCAAGAAUGUUUCAGCCAGAUUCCAAUCGAUGGAAGAAGAUAAUUCAAAAGAAUGGGAUGAAAUCGCCGAAUUACUCGACCAAAAGCUAAGUGCAACGACGGAGGGCACAUCAGAGAACAUAGAUCUCUCAAGUGCUGCCGUCAUGCUCCCUCAACUUCGCGACAUGCGAGAUGAAAUUUUCCAAAACUGCGUAAAGGCCACAGAGAAAGCCCGUACGUGGUUCUAUUCACAACAAGCCAAUUUCAGCGCUAUUGCAGAUAGUACGAAAGCAACAGUUCAAAUCGAAGAACUUCAAAAUGAAUAUCGCGAAUUACAGAAACUCCAACAGAUUUACUUACAUUUCGGCGAUUCAUACCGUUCCUUAUCCAUCGAAAAGAUAUGCCAGAACAUCAUACAAGCCAACCAGCAGCUAAUAAUUCUCGCGACAAGCUCAUUAGACAUUCCGGCCGAUACUAUACAGAUUCCGCCUGCGGAAGACGUGGAAGCUGAGUACGCUCAGCUCUGCGCCGAAGAGGCAGCCCUGGACGAGGAAAUCGCGAAAAUCGAUAGCCAAGUCAGGGAAGCGGAAGAGAGGAGGUUCGUCAUUGCCAAAGAGAGAGACAUGUUCAAGGACAUGUUCACUGCGAGAAUGGAUAGAUUCGACGAAAGAGAAUACGAGAAUGCAAAGAAAAUACUCGAUUGUCCAGUUUGCAAAGAAGCGAAAAGGAACGUUUACUUGUCGCCGUGCAUGCACGCGGUCUGUAGCGACUGCUUGCAGAAAUCUGGCGAAGUAUGUCCUGUUUGCGGUCACCAGGUCAAAGAAACUCAUCCACUUUACUUCCAGAUUUGA